GAUAGCUUAGCGUAGCUCAUAAUUAAAUUAAUUUAUUCAUUCCAUCGUUUUCUACCCACAGCAACAACACAAUGGCUACCGAUUUGAGAAUUGAAACCAGAAAUAGUCUGAUUCUGAUCACUCCACUGCAAAUACUAUAUUACUAGCUAGCCUUCUGUAUAACUCUAUCAGUGCCAUCUUUUGACACACGAUGGCAAGAGAUUCAUCAUCACAAGUUGGUUAUGGCUACACUAUCUCAACUGUGAACAAUGAUCCUAAAGGGAACUCUUUGACUGCUGACCUUAACCUUGUCAAGACCUCCUCUGUUUUCGGACCCGACAUUCCACACCUCAACCUCGCUGCCAGUUUUGAGACCAAGGACAGGUUAAGAGUAAGGAUCACUGAUUCAAAUCACCAAAGAUGGGAAGUUCCACAACAAGUGAUUCCAAGAGAAUCCUCCCUACAUUACCCUCUGCAGCCCCUCAAGCAAAGUUCAGGCUCAGAGCAUCAUCUCCAAGAGCCAAAAAACUCUCUCGCACAUCCAAACUCAGACAUGAUCUUCACCCUCCACAACACCAUCCCUUUUGGCUUCACUGUCUCACGUAAAUCCUCCAACGACGUCCUAUUCGAUGCUGCACCAGACCCUUCAAACCCUGAAACGUUUCUCGUCUUCAAGGAGCAAUACCUGCAGCUGUCUUCUUCACUUCCAGAACAAAGAGCAUCCCUCUAUGGCCUCGGGGAACACACCAAGACCUCCUUCAAGUUGCAGCACAAUCAGACCCUCACGUUGUGGAAUGCACGCACUUCUAGCUACAACCUCGACGUGAACACUUAUGGAUCUCACCCUUUUUACUUGGAUGUUAGAUCACCAUCCUCAGAUGGAAGAGUGAAGGCUGGGACCACUCAUGGGGUGUUGCUGCUCAACAGCAAUGGGAUGGACAUUGUGUAUAGCGGUGAUCGUGUUACUUAUAAAGUUAUAGGUGGGAUUCUCGAUCUGUAUUUUUUUGCCGGAUCAUCUCCAGAAUUGGUGUUGGAACAGUACACUCAACUCAUUGGCAGGCCUGCUCCCAUGCCUUAUUGGUCCUUUGGUUUUCAUCAGUGUCGAUGGGGCUACAAGAAUGCAAGUGAUCUUGAGGAUGUGGUUGCCAACUAUGCAAAAGCCGCUAUACCCCUUGAAGUUAUAUGGUCAGAUAUUGAUUACAUGGAUGCAUACAAAGAUUUCCCAUUUGAUCCUAUCAACUAUCCACUAGAUGAGAUGAGAAGAUUUGUUGAUACUAUUCACCAAAAUGGUCAAAAAUAUGUCCUUAGAUUGGAUCCUGGUAUCAAUGUGAAUAACAAUUAUGCAACCUAUGUUAUAAGUUUGCAGGCUGAUGUCUACAUAAAGAGAAAUGGAGUCAACUACCUGGGUGAAGGUUGGCCUGGACCAGUUUACUACCCUGAUUUUCUGAAUCCUCGCAGCCAAGCGUUUUGGGGUGGAGAAAUCAAAUUAUUUCGGGACCUUCUCCCUUUCGAUGGUCUUUGGCUUGACAAGAAUGAGUUAGCUAAUCAAAUUACUUCAUCUCCAAUUCCAACUUCUAAUCUUGACAACCCUCCCUACAAAAUUAACAAUGCUGGAGUUCAACAAAUUAUUAAUGAAAAAACAGUUCCAGCAACAUCUUUCUACUAUGGUAAUAUUACUGAGUAUGAUGCCCACAACUUGAAUGGACUGCUAGAAGCCAAAGUAACUAACAAGGCUUUGGCGGAUAUAACUGGUAGAAGGCCAUUUGUUCUAAGUAGAUCAACAUUUGUAAGCUCUGGAAAGUACGCAGCUCACUGGACAGGAGACAAUGCUGCUACCUGGAAUGAUUUAGGAUACUCAAUCCCAUCAAUAUUGAGUUUUGGAAUCUUCGGAAUUCCAAUGGUUGGAGCAGAUAUAUGUGGCUUCUUGGGAGAUCCAACUGAAGAACUUUGCCGGCGUUGGAUCCAGCUGGGGGCCUUUUACCCCUUUGCAAGAGAUCAUUCAGAUAUAAAUUCCAUCAGGCAAGAGCUUUACCUUUGGGACUCAGUUGCUGCAUCAGCUAGGAAAGUGCUCGGCCUCUGUUAUCGUCUUCUCCCUUAUUUCUACACACUAAUGUAUGAAGCACAUAUCAAAGGGACACCAAUUGCAAGACCCCUUUUCUUUUCAUUCCCUGAGGAUGUCAAAACAUAUGACAUAAACUCACAGUUUCUAGUAGGUAAAGGGGUUCUGGUGUCCCCUGUACUAGAACCUGGGGUAGUCACAGUUGAUGCAUACUUUCCUGCAGGAAGCUGGUUUGACCUCUUCAAUUUCUCAAAUUCAGUGAAUGUAGAAUCAGGCAAGCAUGUCAUUCUUGAUGCACCAUCAGGUCAUAUAAAUGUGCAUGUUGGGGAAGGUAAUAUUUUGGCCUUGCAAGGAGAAGCAAUGACAACUGAAGCGGCCCGGAAGACUGCAUUUCAACUUGUGGUGGUUGUCAGUAGCAGCAGAGAUAGUUAUGGACAAGUAUAUUUGGAUGAUGGGGAAUCAAUUGACAUGGCAGGAGGUGAGGAGCAGUGGUCACUUGUAAGAUUUUAUGGUGCAUUACAGACCAAUAGAGUCUUUGUUACAUCUGAGGUCACCAAUGGAAGAUUUGCUUUGGACCAAGGGUGGAUCAUAGACAAGGUUACUUUCUUGGGGAUACCUAAGAAUGGGAGGUUUGAUAGGAUGGAUUUGGAUGGGAAUGAGUUGAAUAUUUUAAAUGGAACAGAUUCAAUGAGGAAGACAGUUGUGAAGACACAAUUUGAUAGCUCCUCUGAAUUUGUUAUUGUAGAAGCUUCAAAUUUGUCGCAGAUUAUGGGAGAGGAAUUUAAGCUGGAGAUUGAAAUUUGAGAGAGCAAAUUCCCACUAAGAAUCUUUGCUUUCUUUUGAAGAGUUCAUUCUAUGAAUCUCAGGCAGCUGAAGCCUUACAUGAAAUAAAUGUCAUCUUUUAUAUAAAAAUAAAUAUCAUAGAAUAUACUAUAAACUGGGCUAUGAAGCUCAAGUAUGAACUUAUCUGUCUACCAAUGAAUAUAGUGAUGAAUAUUACCUA